AGGAAAAAUGGAUGACGAACUAAGAGAUCCCGGAUACCAAAACUAUGUUUCGAUUUAUCGCGGUUUUGCAUAUGUAGGAGAAAAACUUGAACCUUAUACGAAUCAAGGGCUGGAUACGGCGUAUCAAAGAAUUUACAGGAAUUUAGCAGGCCUCCAUCCGUGCAGACAGGAGUGUAGUAGAAUUUACAAGUGUCAAAGUUCAAAAUGGUGUAUAACUUGCAAUGGCUGGCGAAAUCAGCUGCUGAAAUCUAGAAGAUAUCCUAAUGUAUUAUGGGAACGUACUCGAUCAUGGGAAUGGCCGAAAGCAUAUCAAAACAUCGUCGAAGUAUACCUCCCAGCAUCGUGGCAAAAUGAUAAUCUUGAUCUGAAAGAUAUAUCAACUGCUUGCUAUGUUUGGGAAAACUGUUCAAAGUAUUUCAAAAUUCGACAAUUUAUAAUAAAGAAACUUAGACAAUUUAGAAAUCAGUAUUUUGCACACAACACAUCAUUGAAAGCAACAGAUUUAGAAAAAGCGCAAGUAUUUGAUGUUUUAAAGGACUUGCUAAACGAUCAAGAUGUACAGAGUCACAUUGAUGUUCAGGAUUGUCUCAACGGUCUGGCAAAGAUAGAACAGGGAUAUCAGAUAGAGAAGUGGAUGAACGAAGUUCAGAACCUUCUUCAACAACACGAGUUAACGUUAGCCGACAUAGAGACAACAACACACAAACAUGAUAAAGGACUAGAUAUCCUACUAAAAGUUCAGGAAAAUAUUCAGGAAAGACAAGAAGCUAUACAGGAAGAUAUCGGAAGCAUGAAAAAAGAUAUAUUUGAGAUGAUAAAGAGGAAGCAUUCCUCAUUCACACAUGUAUACCAGUGGACUAAUCGCUUGAAGAAUUUCGUCUUCUACCAAGAAAAGAAUGUAAAAGUGCUGUCAGUCAUCUUAUUCGCCGUAUUGCUGUGCGUGUAUCUUUUUACAAGGCAACCAACAAACAUGGAACACAAAUUUGCUAAAACAGCGUGUGUUUCAGAACAGUACAGAGUCCCCUUUCCGCAAGAUCUUCCUCUUCUAGGAUAUCUAAAUGAACACAGGUCACUUGUUGGACGACAAUGGUUAAUGGAACAGUUAAAACACGAACUGUUUAGCUCAGACGGUGGUAAACAGCAUGGUGUUGUGCUUGUAGCAGAAAUGGGUUACGGUAAAUCUGCUUUUAUUUCAAAAUUGUUGUGUCCAGGUUCAAGUGAGAGUGCAAUUUCUAUUCAAAAACAUAUUGUUGCAUUUCAUGUGUGCAAGUUUGAUGUAAGAAGUACUCACUGUUCUGAACGAUUCAUUAGAAGGCUUAUUGGUUUUUUUGCAAUGAAAAGUGCAGAGUAUGGUAACAUUAUUUCAAUGUUGCCUGAAGCACACAUAGUGUUUAAUAGGGAUAGCUGCGAGAAAGAACCAGAUGCUUGUUUUGAUCAGGGAAUUACUAUUCCAAUAAAACAGUUAUCUAAUCAUAUGAACACACCGUGGAUUGUUGUUAUAGACGCAGUUGACGAAUGUGAAAACACAGGAAGUAAUCCAAUAUUGGAACUUUUGUCAAGGAGAAUGAAGCAUCUCCCUAAGUGGCUCAAGUUUUUGGUAACUUCGAGAAAUAUCACCUCCCUGACAUUGCUAAGAAAAAUGAAAAUUGAGCAACUUUACUCCAAUGAUUCCAGAAACAAAAACGACAUUAAAGCUUUUAUUCAGGAAUCGUUUCCUGUAAAUACCAAUCCAGACAUGAUAAACACACUUGUCGAUAAAAGUGAAGGAAACUUUGUUUACAUUAUUCAAGCCUUGAAAUGGAUUCUUGAUAAGAAAGAUUAUGACAAUGUUCCUGAUUUUCCUUCCGAUCUUGGUGAUGUAUAUGAAAUUAAUUUUGAUAGGCAAUUCGUAGAUGCGGAAGCUUAUAGAAUACCAAAAUUGAUACUGGAGAUAGUCUGUUCAACUAUUAAUCCUGUGACAAAAGUUGAUAUUUACACCAUUCUUAGAUCGAGUAACAUUUUUCCAGAUAAGAAGGACUUUGAUAGACACUUCGCUUCCUUAAACUUUUUCUUAAGAACAGGGGAAAGCGUUCGAGUGCCACACCAAGCUUUGUAUCGCUGGCUCAUCGAUGAACAAAAUGAGAGUUAUGGGAUAUCUCUUCAAGCAGGUCAUGCUCUAAUAUCAAAAUAUAUGUUUAGCACUUUGACUGGAAAUAACACCAAAGACAUUGUUGAUCUAGCGAUUCAUGUAGCAAACUCUGCUGAUUCUACGUUAAGGAAGAUGUUUGUGUCGUCUACAUUUUCAGAUAUCGGUGGAUCAAACAGUGUACCUUUAGUUCAUAAGUUGAUCUGGAAAACAUCAUGUAUUAAAGCACUCGAAUUGCUGUUACAUCAUUACCCUGAUGUAAAUGUUAUUAACGAAGGAAACGUUACACCUGCAUUCGUUGCAGCAGCAAAGGGACAUACUGACCAGCUUAAACUUCUACAUGGGAAAGGUGCAAAUUUAGGAUUUACUGUUAGAGGACAUUUUCUUAUCAGUCCAUACAUGGUGUUUUCGAAAAUAGAAAUGAUGAAGCAUCAUUAUUAUGCAGGAUAUGGUCUAUUGCAUAUUGCAGCACAACAUGGCCAUAGUUCGAUCGUUAAGUAUAUUCUUGCUCACAACAGAACUUUAAUUUAUGAAAAGAAUGCUUUAGGUUUGCAUGCAGGUCAGAUAGCAUGUGAGAGUGGUAAUCUUGAAGUGAUCAAGAUUUUACAUAGUUUUGAACCGAAACUGUUCGGAUACAAAUGUAUGUUUUACGCUUCAAAACAAAACCACAAAACUAUUCUUAAGUGGUUGGUGCAGAAUGGCAUUGAAUACAAGUGCAUUUCAGACAAUGAAUCACUCGAAGCUGCUCAUAGUAUAGAACAAUUAAAUGUAGUUCAAAUUUUAGAAUACUCUAGUCUCUUAUUUCCAAACGACAUUUAUUCACUGGACCGUAUUAAUUCUUUCGAUAUUUGGUGGAUUGUUUUCAAAACUACUCCCCUGGCGGUGGCAAUUCAAACAGGAUCUAUGGAUGCAGCUAGAUAUCUCAUUGAGACAUUUCCAAAAUCACUGGAUUGUUAUGAUGCUUAUGGUUAUACACCAGCACUGGCAAGUGUAUUCUACAGCCGAACUGAGCUUUACCCGCUUCUAUCCAAAAACUUUGAAACUGACAAAUGUGGAAAAAUUCCAGAUCAUUUACUAGAUUUAAAAAUUUUAAAACACAUGCGUUUAUAUGAAAUGGCUCAUAAAUGCCCAGAAGGUGGUUCAUUAGCACAUAUUGUAGCUUUAUAUGCUUUAGAUAAGGAAAUUUUUUGGUUCUAUUUGAGGGAGAGACUUCAGAUAAACUGGAAUGAACCAGACUAUUCUGGUAAUUUUCCAAUACAUUAUGCUAUUGCUAAUAACUAUCUUUUGUUUAUAAUGUUAUUUGAGCAAGGAACAAUUACACAUGACAAUAGAUAUUCAUAUAGAGAAAUAACAGCUGCAAAUGGGUCAACAGUAUAUCAUAUUGCUGCAAUGUCUGACCAGAGUCUUAGUAUGCAUCAUUUGACAGGUUCUUUUAAAAAGCCGAUACCAGAAUUAAAAGAUGAGCAUGGCCGUGGAAUAACGCAUUAUGUUGUGCUGAGGCAGUUUCUAAAUAUUGUAGGUAAACAUGAAACAGAUGCACAGUUCAUUUCUGCAUUGUUUUUACGCUAUCUAGUGGAAACAGCUAAACAUAAUAUAAAAACAUACGACUAUUUUGGCAGAAAUAUUUUACAUUACGGCUUUAGAAAUGGAUAUAUUUCAGUUGUGAAGUAUUUGAAAUAUGAAUAUCAGUCCAUUUUUGAUUUAUUGCUAUCGCAGAGAGAUAAUGAAGGAUUGACGCCCAUAGAUUUUGCAUUGAAGGAUUACCAGAGAAGUAGUAGCAUUAUAGUUUUGCCUAAAAAAUGUUCAUAUUUUGAUGUAUAUUUUACAUUUUGUUUAAACGACUCGGAAUAUUCAAAUGUUAUGUCAUCUUGGGAACUCGGGUUGUCAUAUUUAAUUCAAACAGCUUCUAAAGGACAGUAUUACAACUUUAUUGAACCUAAUUUAAAGUACAUCAUGGAAAAAAGUCCGUACCUGUUAACUGCUGUUUUAGUCUACCAUAACUAUAUGACCUUAGAUCAUCUAAAACAUCAGCUUAUCGUUAUAAAUGAACAUGACCUAUCAGUCUGGACACAAUUAACUGUCGCUCGUCAUAAACCAGAGGCAUUCCGUGUAUGUAGAGAACCUUUAACGAAAUCACCAUUACAUUUUUCGUUACUGACUGUAAACUAUAAACACUCCGUCUUCAGCUUUGAAAAUCAUGAUGUCAAUAAUUUUCUUCACAUGGUGUACGGUUAUCCUAUUAAUUCCACUUUGUUUGGGUGCCCAGACGAAAAUGGCUACAAUAUUUUCCAUUACUCUUUGAUUGGUGGUAAUAUACAGACAGCACGAAUACUCAUGUCGAAAAAUAUUAGAAUGAUAAAUGAUCAUGUCACAUUGAAAGAUAUCUUUUUAAUGGCUAUGUCAUCACGUAUAAAAACAGAUCAUGAAAAUUUUAUCAAAUGUAGUGAAAAUGUCUAUUAUCGAGCCCAAGAAACAUGUAUCGAUACAUUUUUGGUUGAAUUUUUGAAAAAGAGUAAACUAAAGAUUAAAUUUAGUGACUUUUGUCAAAGUGGGUCACAAGAACUGUCCUUGGUGCACUUACUCGCAGCUAAUGGCAUGAUUCGUACCUUGGAAACUGUUAGCAAAAUAUUUGGGCAGAAAAGUUUGAACUGCCGAAACAAGGAUGAUUUUACACCUUUGUAUUUUGGUAAACUCUUCAGUCAAGAUUCUGUUGUGACAUUGAUUGGUGACAAUGAAAAUUCAGUGUUGCCACGUGUGGAGGCUGAAGAAUGGUACAUUUGGUCAUUGCUAAAUAAGUUUCCUCAAAUAAACAUAUCUGAACCUUUGUUUUAUUUUGCUCACUCUUUGUGUCUAAAUAAAUUUUCUUACAGAUACGUAUUAUAUAGGCAAAAGUGCGUAGUAAAAUUGUUAAAAAAGACGUUUUUACCGAUAUCUGGUAUCGGUGACUACUCUUACCAUCAAGCUAUGGUGUCAGUUAAUCAUGUGGCCUCGAAAAUGCCCACAAUUUUAUUCUGUCUUAGAGUGUUGGAAUCGAUGUAUUUUCAUCAUAAUAUGUCAACAAUUAUAUGUCGGUCUCCGUUUUUAAACAUAGCGAAUUGUUAUAGGACUUUUAAUGAACUUGUAUCUAACCUGAAGGUUGGUAUCUUUUCUGAUAAACGUAAAUUAUUUAGACGUAUGCGAGAAAACAUUUACCCGGUUUAUAAACAGUUCAAAAAAAUUUACAUUCGAGUGAAAGCUUAUUGCUUUGAGUAUUUCAAUUAUGAAUUAUUAAAAAGAAAACUGUAUCGAUUGAUAGUUUCUCUCAACAAACUAUGUUUCUUUUUAAACAAAAUUGUUUCAAGAGCGGCCAUUUCGUUUUACGUACAAGGGGGGAAAUCUGUCAAAAUAUCAGUGCCUAAUUCUUUUACAUUUUUGCAGCUAAGAAUGAAAAACCUCAAGUUUAUUGUUGAUGAAGGAAUAAGAUUUUUAGCAGAGCCAGCUCCUCUUGUCGCAGUUAAUGGUGGUUCUUUAUAUAAAUAUAAAUACAUCAGUAUAAUUAAAACAACUUUGGCAUAUAAACGUCUAAGAAAGAAUUUGAUUGUUGAUAAGUUUGGUUUGAAAAGUGUUUUUGAUAUUUCUAAAUUUAGGACAACCAAAACAUAUGUUAAAGAAAAUGUUAUGCUGAAAGAACCAUUCAAAGAUUUAGAAUGAUUUCAAAUAGAUCAUCAACAUAGAGAACCAGUUAUUUUAUUUGUACUGUCACGUGAUAUUCGUUAAACUGUGCUUGUUCGUGGAAUAACGAAAUGACGUUCCAUCUUUUAACUAACAACAUUACACAACUUAACUGUUGAACCAGUACAUUCAAAACUUUGUUUUAGGCCUGAAACUUGUCAGUUUGACUUAAAUCACUUUUCAACUAUUAAAUGACCUUUUAAACAUGUUCAUUAUUUCCUUUUAAGCUCACCUGUCACGUAGUGACAUGGUGAGCUUCUGUGAUCACCCUUUGUCCGUCGUCCGUCCGUCCGCAAUUUCCUUGUGAACACGAUAGAGACCACAUUUUGUAUUUGAUUUUAAUCAAACGUGCACUCAACUUGUAUGGGCAUAAUACUCGGUUCCUUUCGAAAACUGGCCAGAUCCCAUCAUGGGUUCCAGAGUUAUGGCUCCUCAGAGGACCAAACUUUUCUAGUUUUGGCUUGUGAACACGAUAGAGACAACUUUUUGCAAACACAUUUAAUCAAACUUGCACACAACUUGUAAGGGCAUAAUAUCUCGGUUCCUUUCCAAAACUGGCCGGAUCCCAUCAUGGGUUCCAGAGUUAUGGCCCCUUAAAGGGCCAAAAUUUGCUAUAUUUUGCAUGUGAACACGAUAGAGACAACAUUUUGCAAUCAUCUUUAAUUAAACUUGCACACUUUUAUUGGAAUAAUAUCCCGGUUCCUUAUGAAAACUGGCCAGAUCCCAUCAUGUGCUCUAGAGUUUUGGCCCCUUAAAGGGCCAAAAUUUUCUAUUUUUGGCUUGUGCAGUCAUAUAGAGAUUUCAUUUAUGGACUGAUUGGAUACAAACUUGCAAAAUAUCUUCAACAACAAUAAAUUUUGGAUUCCAUGAUGAAUCUUUCAGAUCUAAUCAUAGGUUCUGGAGUUAUUUUAUAUUUGAUUACCUUCCCUGAUUUUAAUCAAAAUAGAUUUAUAUUAGUAAGUACAAAUAGAACUCAUUUGUUCAUCAUUGUCAUUAGCUAGCCUAGCAGCUUCUUUUGAGAUUGGUUUGAAACAUUAUUUAUAUCCUCGUUGGUAAGAAAUUUCUACUUUAACUUACUUUUCUAAUAUAUUGCUGUAAAGGCUUGUACUCUGUAUCUUCUACAUGCAUAUACCAAUGCAUGAUUACCUACCCUGAUUUUCAUAAAAAUGGAUUUAUCUCAGUAUUUAUAGGACUUAUUUGAAAUUUCAUUAUUGUCAAUAGUUUGACUGAGACAAUCAGGGUAGGUAACUAUGGACUGAUUUUAUGUCAAAUUACCUCCCUUUUUUCCAAUUUAAAAUGGAUGUAUCUCAGUAACCAAUGAAGAUACUGAUUUGAAAUGUCAUUUAUGCCAUCAGAUUUACUCUGACUAUUUGGGUAGAUUUACUUUUUACUGAAAUUAUGACAAAUUACCUCCCUUUAUUUUAUGUAAAAUGAAUAUACCUCAGCAGCAUCUAAUGAGAUUGGUUUUAAAUGUUAUUUAAGUCUUCCAGGGUAAGGAAUAGUCAUGCUAGUACAAAAAUGCAGCAUUUGAGCCAAGGACCCUUAAACUUGGAGAUUGGCUAUGACUAGUAUGUGACCCAUAGGUCAAAAGGGACUGUUACAAGAAAAUAUUUAUCCUGGUGAUAUUUAAAGUGAAUGCCUAUGUGAUCUAUGUCAAAACUUGAUCUUAUCAUUUAGAGCAAUGGUACUCAGGUGAGCGAUAUAGGGCCAUCAUGGCCCUCUUCUAUAUAGUUUAUUUGUGACAUAAAUGUCUAAAUAUACUGUAUUAUUGAUGGAAGCAUAAUUAGAAGAAAAAUGUGUUACAAAAUUUACUUUUUGCCUGGUAAGAUUGUGACUGUUUUACAAUAACAUUUCUUCUCUAAACAAUAAUAGUGCUUAUAGAUAAAGAAGCACUUCGCUCAGUUUCGCACUCACCCCUAAUCAUGCUCAUAAUAGUUUAUGCUGUCUCCUUGUUUCCGAUUGUUAGAAUUAUUAAAAAAAAAUGUAGGAUCACUUUGAUCAUAUAAACCGUGUUUUGGGAUAUAGGUAGAUGGUGACGGCUUAUUUCUGACAGCUCUUGAAUCGAUACAAAAUAUAUUUAUCUAUUUAUUUGGGUUUUACGGCGCACCAACACAGUAUAGGUUAUAUGGCACCAAGGAGUAGAUCUACUACAAAUUUUGGUUUCACUUCUCAUUUACAUCGAAAAAAAAACACGAGGUAUCGAUGCAAAAUA